GCGCAAUGGUAGGAAUUCCACGUGGAUAGAUGAUGCACGUGCAGGCGCAGGUAAUGACAGACUAUGGUAAGAAUUCUUGUCCUGGCCUCGAUGUAUUUGAAUCAAGUUUCCUACCUUUGUGGGCUAAGAAGAGUCUGUUCCUGCGACGGUGGACGUCCCUUACACGCUGCUCUGCUGCUUCACUUGGGUUCUACCUUUACUCUUCUUCAUCCUAGCCGUUCUUCUGUCCUACGCUUAUUUCGCUUUCUAAUUGCAGCCUCGACAAUAAUUCAUUUGUCCAGCAUUCAUGAAUCUGCGUGCCACACAAUGCCGUAUGUGUUGCCUUGUCCCUCAUCCACCGUGGAACCACAGCAGCAGGUCUACUUUGACCUGGAUUCUAUGGAAUGUCAUAAUUUCCGCAACCUGCCUGUCGGGUGCCUGCCCAAGGUGAGCAAGAGCCCGAAACCCCCAAACGACGUCUUCGACUGCGUAUCCAUGUGUAAGCCACCAGCGGGUAUAUCAAAAAUGGAUCCCGGAUGCUAUCGCCGUUGGCUACUGCGACCGUGCGAGCAGGACGACAUGCAGUCUGCUUACUACGAUGUCAAGACGCGCAAAUGCGAGACGACCAGGAUUCAAGGAACACAGUGCUACAGCGUACCCCAUGCUUUUCCCAGCGACCAAGUCUGCCAGCAAAAAUGCCCUGCAGCCAACGAAUGUUCCCAGACACAACAACUAAGGGCGUGCAAGGCAAUGGACAAGAAACGCUCCGCCUUUUACAAUCCAUUCACGGGACAAUGCCAAGAACUGAGCGUGGAACAUCUCUGCCUCGGAGGCGACAACCGAUUUAGCAACUUCUCCGAAUGCGAAAGCACCUGUCUUAGAAGGUCUGACGACGACGGUCGCAGGAGGAUUCCAAUAGUCUUGCAAUAAACGUUUCCAUGUUAGCUGACUUUAGCAGGAAAACCCUAGAUUAAAAUCCACGUAGUACUCGAACA